AAAAGCACUUUGUUAAAGAAAUUGUUCAAAGAUUAUGAGAACGUCUUCGGCUUCAGCGUCUCCCAUACCACAAGGCAGCCGAGACCUGGAGAAGUGAAUGGCAAAGAUUAUCACUUUGUGACCAGAGAGGAAAUGCAGAAAGAAAUUGAUGCUGGUGAAUUUAUCGAGCACGCGGAGUUCUCCGGGAAUAUGUACGGCACAAGUAAAGGGGCCGUGCAGGCCGUGCAGGCCCAGAACCAGAUCUGUGUCCUCGAUGUCGACAUCCAGGGCGUGAAGAACAUCAAGAAGACGGAGCUGAGGCCCAUCUACAUCUCGGUGCAGCCGCCGUCCAUCGAGAUCCUGGAGAAACGACUACGGGACCGAAAGACUGAGACAGAGGAGAGUUUACAGAAGCGUUUGACUGCUGCCCGCGUGGACCUGGAGCUCAGUAAAGAGCCUGGGCUGUUCGACCUGGUCAUCAUUAAUGAUGAUUUAGAAAAGGCCUAUUCUGAAUUGAAGGAGGUGCUGCUGGAGGAAAUCAAGAAGACCGAAGAAUCCAGGAAGUCCUGAGCUGGCCCUGCUUGGGCGUUUCAAUUUUGCACAUCAUUCCCGAAGCACGUCGCAGCGUUUUAUUCCAAAAGACAUUCCCUUUAGGCUGCUCCUACCCCCAACUUACCCUAGGAUGUUUAUAUUAAAAGCAAGGAAAAGGAAA